CAAUGUUUAUUUUAUAAUCAUGUGAUGUCAUCAAUCACGUCAGAAUGGUGACGCAUGACGUCAUUAUUUCACACAAGUUCCAGUUUUGUACGUUCCUUUUCAAAGUUAGAAGCUUUCACGAUGUCUAGUGACAGUGAGAAACCGUUUAUAUGUCCUACCUCUGGUUGUGGCCAGAGGUUUGCUAAUCAUGACCACCUUCAAACUCAUCAGGCAAGACACGAGUUCACUCUCAAGUUCAAGGGAGUUGAUGCCCUGGUGGUUGACCAGACGCCUACGCCCACCCGUUUUCUACGCAAUUGCGAAGAGGCGGGACUGUUCCAAGAUCUGGACAACCCGUUUGACCAGGACUUCCACUCUGCCACGACUAAGCCCAAUGGAGACACUGACAGUGAAGACACCAACAACAGCAUUGACGCCUUUUCGUCUGCUGAGAAUAUCGCUAACCUUGUUACCAUCCCCGUGGCCCCACCCCCUACUCUCGUAAACCCAGACAAACCGGUUGCCAUGGCAUCGGCUCCCACACACGUUAACAGCACAUCUGCGCUCACCAAGCAGAAGCUACUGCAAACCAUCCAGAUGAAGGAACAACAGAAGCUCUUGGAGCAGGCCAUCAGUCAACAGUUGGGAGGUAGUGGCGGUGGCAUGACGAGCUCAGAGUUACUGGCUCAAGCUCUCAAAAACAUAUCACCAAUGUCAGAGAACGCUACCACCAUCGUUACCGUUGGCGACCCUGAUGAUGGAAAUUUUGCUGUACCCUCACAACCUCUACGAAGAAAGCGAGGGCGUAAACCUGACGAUGACACCCCUGAAGUGAAGAGACAGAAGUUCCUGGAGCGAAACAGGGCGGCUGCUUCAAGAUGUCGAGCUAAAAAGAAGGUGUGGGUCGAGGACUUGGAAAAGAAGUCUAAAGAUAUAACCGUUGUGAAUCACAACCUUCACCAAGAGGUGAUAAUGCUUCGGUCAGAGGUGCAGCAACUCAAGUCCAUCCUGGUUGCUCACAAGGACUGCCCUCUGAUUGUACAUCAGGUCCCUGGGGGGAAAGAGUGCAGUGUUGAAUCUGAAGGUGGUAAUGUGACACUCCUUACCCAACUGUCCAACAUGCCCUCCAUGUCUCCCCUCAUCUCCAGUCCUGUGCCUCUGGUGGGCUCUGUAGUCCCCAACAUCUCACAGUCCUCUCUCGUGACACAGCAACAGACUCCAGAGGUGGCCACUGAUGUGGAGAUCUGUAUGGAGUCGUCUGAGUCGGAUAGUCUAUCUGAACGACUUUGAAGUCUCACCUAGGUAGCUCAUUCACUAACUCUACCAUAUGCAGCUAUGUGUUGCAAUUGUGUAUACAUCUGUUUUUAUUUGUACUGUAGCUCUCAAGUUGAUGCAACUUGAAUUGUACAUUGCACAAUGUCACAUGUCUACCCCUUAAUUGGUGUUUUCACAUUCAGCCAAAGUCUAUGACAAAAUAUACGUUUUGUGAAUACA